AUGGCCACCGCGGCCGUGCUGGACGCCAAGUACAAGGACAAGAGGAGGGAAAAGCUGGACCGCGAGCUCAAUGAGGCAAAGAACAAGCUCGCUUCCCUCCUCGAAGAGUCGAAUGCCCAUGAUCUCGCCCAACUAAUCAACAAUCCAUACCCCGAUCCGAUUUGGGAACGCUCGCUCGAAGAGCAGGAUGUGAUAAAAUCGAUAUGCGUUUUCCAGCCAGAAUACUUGGAGCGGGUGGAGCAGAUUCGCAAAGACAGGAGAACAACACUCAAGCAGCUCCGCGAUAGCCUCGGCAUGCCAUGGAGUUCUUCGAUACCCGAGGGAACAUCGACUCUGGCCAAAGCCCAGGAAAUCCUGUGCGCUGAGGAGGCCAAUCCGGCAGUUGAGCACCGCGAGCCUAAAACCGAACUUCAGCUGCACCGGAUGACGAACAUGGUCACGGAUCUCGUCGACCGUCUCAUUGAGGAGGCCUGGUGGCAGACGGAACAAGACCUCCCAGGGAAACACCCCUCACUCACCAGUCCGGACUCUGCCCGCACCAUGAUUCGCUUACUGCGAUCAGAAGGUUAUCCGGCCUAUGCUCACCCGAGUGUCGAUGAGGAGGAGACGGUGAUCGCCCGGUCGAAGUUAAACGAAGUGAACUUGCAGAUCAUUGCCAAUUGGAUCCCGUUUCGCAGAGAGAAGCUCGUGGGCCAGAUUUGCUAUAACCUCACUGUUUGCAGCGUGGUCCCGGCAAUCCAGAACUACAACGCUUUGAUCAUGGGCUUCUCGUUACUUGGAGAGCACAGGCUGGCGCAGGCGGUGGUUGAUUCGUUUUUGUACAAGAGCCAUCUUAGGCCCACAGAGGGUACAUAUCUGUGUCUACUGCACCACUACCGGCUGAAGAAGGACAUUGUUGGUUUCUGGGGCGUUCUGCGUCGUCUCUUUGGCCAUGAUCCACGUGGAAUCGGCCUACGGCGAAGAACAGCCGACGAUGUCCUGUCAAACAACUACCUUAAAAUGUGGGCAAGAAGUUCGCCAAUCAGGAUAUCCAAUGGCUAUGUUGUUGAGCGAGUUCCAUUGAGCCAAAAUCUUACUGAGGCCAUCAUCGAAGGCCUAAUCGACUUUAGGAUGCUGCGCGAGGCUGCUAAGCUCCUUGCCGUUUCCCUCCACAAUGGAUGGGUCAUCGGAACGGAGCUACUGGAACGAUUAUUCCAUGCAUGCAUCUCCUCCCUGGAUUAUUCCGCCGUUAAGGUGAUCGUCCAAGGGCUGCUCAACAACCUCAACCAGGCCACAGAGAUGAUCCUUGGCCCUCAUCCCAUCAGUCAGGCCGCUGUCCGACAGCUCCGUCACAUCCUCAAUAUUUUCCAAGCACAUUACCCUACACUAUCAGAAAAGGAGCCCCACCCAUUCCUUUCCAUGGGCGAGUUCAAUUGGGCUCUUUACCUUCCCCCCAAACCGCCUAUAUCAAAAUCCGAUUUCUCUCACCUUGUCAAAGCGAUCUGGAUCAGGCAAGCUCUCCACAACAGUCGCAUUAUGAUCGCCCGUAUUCGUCGCGCAAACCAAUUGCUCUCUGACCACAGCAAACCCCUUCUCACCCGGCUUGACCUCGUCUUCUCCAUCCUCGACAACGCGAUCGGCCGCCCUGAACGGAAACUUAAGAAAAACGAAUUCAUUCACCGUCUUGCGCACAUCGACUGGAUCGAGACGCAACUCGCCUACAGUGCUAAGCAGAUCACUAUGGCUGAGUAUGUGCUGUGUAACGUGCUGGCUAAGCAAGUCCCGCGGCUGCUGCGCGCGCCGGAGCACUUCGAUCCGGAGGUUCCGAUCACGCAGCGUGUAAGCCAAGCAACGUCAUACACAAUACCGGGCACGGCGGAGUAUUAUGCGGCAUCCUGCUGGUGGCGCAGCAAGGAGAUUGACUGGCAACUGAAGCAGGUGCUUCUGGACGCGCUGCCGCGACAGGAAAGGAACCAAGUUAUGAGGAGAAAGGCCAUUACGGGUCAGGUUCAUCUGAACAGCGUGAUGAGCAGGGUAAAGAGGUAUCUGCUGUCAUUCUCGCCAUUUGACUAUGGUGAUGGAGGUAAGAGGAAGAGGAGAACGGGUCCGCUUGCGAAAUUGUGGGAAAAGUUGCCAGUGUCGGAGCGGCUUUCUAGGUUGCUGAAGAGCAAGACGACACAGCCGGUGACGGACUCGGCUGCAGCAUCGGCCACGACUUCGACAACAAGCCAGACGUGGUGA